GCUUUGAAAAUAUAGAAAUCAAUUCAACACCAAUUUCUCUUCUGUCUGCUUCCUCUCUUGAUUAUCAGUUCGCAUUUCAGAUUAACGCUGAGUUUCCAAUUUCUUGAUCGCCUUUAAACAGUACAAUUCCUUCUUAUUCUAUAGUUGAGGCCUCAUUAAUUUCAAUUAUUAGGCCUCAUAAUGCAGGCGUCUAGGGCUAGGCUUUUCAAGGAAUACAAAGAGGUGCAUAGAGAGAAAUCAGCUGAUCCUGAUAUUCAAUUGGUGUGUGAUGAUUCAAAUAUAUUUAAAUGGACAGCUCUUAUAAAGGGGUCAUCAGAAACUCCGUAUGAAGGUGGAAUUUUCCAGCUUUUAUUUACUGUGCCCGAGCACUAUCCUCUGCAGCCACCUCAAGUUCGGUUUUUGACUAAGAUCUUCCAUCCAAAUGUGCAUUUCAAGACGGGUGAGAUUUGCCUUGAUAUCUUGAAGAAUGCUUGGAGCCCCGCAUGGACAUUGCUGUCGGUCUGUAGGGCCAUAAUAGCGUUGAUGGGUCAUCCAGAGCCCGAUAGCCCACUUAACUGUGAUUCAGCAUAUGAUCUUUUCAAGAUCCAACAGUUUGUUUUUGUUUCCUCGGGAUUUAGCCAGCAUUACUUCGUGCCACAACAUUUUUCCAGCGUGGUAAAUUGCUUAGCCAGCAUUACUUCGUACCACAACAUUUUUCCAGCGUGGUAAAUUGCAAAAUUUGAUCAGUGUCUAUUUUGCUGCAAUCCAAAGUGAUGGCAUGGUGCAUCCAUCAUAAUACCCUUAUUCUGAUUAGCAGAUAGGAAUUGUGAACACGAAUUAUACUAUAUGUGCGUAUAUUCGGAUGCACGCACGUUUUUGCCUGGAACUAGUUUGUAACGCCCCACUUUUUGAACCCUAAUUUUCGAACCCUAAAGUACAUGUAUUUAAUGCUUUUGAUAUUGCGAGGUCCGCGAAUUAAUUAUCGAGUAAAAUUGUUGGAUACCUUUCGUGACCUAAUUUUGAGUUGGAAUUUUGACUGGGUCAA